AUGUAAAUCAGUGAAAUUAAUAUAACUAAUAGAAUUACAAAAAGAAAUAAAGAACAAAAAAAUUAAAUACUUCGUUUGAAAUAGUUUCAAUAAGUUUUUAUUAAGUAGACAGACCAAGAGUAUGUGUUUUUAUAUGAAAACAGCUUAUUUAAUGAUCCAGAGACAGGGAAGCGAAUUAAUAAUUAUAUGUUGAUCAUUAAUGCUCAAGAGUACCUAAUUAUAGUAUCAUUUGAUAUUUAGAUUCAAAACUAUACUAGAAAAACAAAUUAAUCAACUUAAACAUGAAUAUUAAGAUAAUAUUAAGACAAAAAAGUAAAUCAAAUAGAUUUCUUUUGAGAAAACCCAAUUAAAGAUGAAAUUAGAAGAUUAAAUAAUUACUGAUAAUUAAAUGUAUUAAUAAAAUUAAAGACUGAGAACUCGAGUUUAAAUAAUAAAUAGUUUUAACUUCCUAAAUAUAAUAGAAAUUAGAAGAGAGAUCUAAUUAUAUAUAUACAUAAACCUACUAAUAUUAUCAAUACUUAUCCAAUAGAUAAAGAAAAAUUAUAAUUAUUACUUGAAGAUCUUAGAUACAGUCAAUAAUAAUAAUAAAAAUAUUAAGUAUCAAAUAUAUAAAGUAAUUUCAAUUUAUGUUGAGUCAAAUAAGGUUAUAAUAUCUUUUUAAAGGGACGUUGAGUCAAAUAAGGUUAUAAUAUCUUUUUAAAGGGACUGA